AUCUCCUAAUUAUGCUGCCAAAACAAGGCCCGGAAGGUCAAAGUUCAAACAGCAUCGCCGAGGAAUAUUAAUAUGCUAAUAAGGCCGGAUAUAGAGGACGACGUCGUACGCUGUGGCACAUAUGUUUCUGCUGGUACGUACGUACUUUAAAAAAAACGGAAGCAAACCCAGUCUGCAUUUACGAAAUAGCAUAAAACAAUGAAGAGCUCUCUGCUAAAGCUUCUCACAUUACUACUAGUAAUAGUAGUAGUUGCAGCCGCCGGCAGUCGGGUUAAAGAAACUUCGUCGUCGACGUCGGGGCCAUACUGCCUCAACACGGGCUCUUCGGCGGACUACGAGGCGCAUAAGGCGCACGUUCUUGACGAGCUGGCCAACGUGACGCCGACGAUGGAAGGAUAUAGCUACUCCACCUCGUUUCCUCCGGCCGGUUCCGCGGCUGCUCAAGAUGUCGUCUACGGCUCGGCCAGUUGCACUCCGGACGUCGGAGUUACUGAAUGUGUUAGCUGUCUGAUCGAGGCUAAACUUUCGCUGGCCCAGAGUUGUGCUUACGAUUUUUACGGGCUGGUGAUACUUCCUCUCUGCCGCAUGAGCUUUUCCCCUGUGGCCGAGUAGUGGCCGGCCGGCCGGCUGGCUGUUGGCUCCUACUUUGUUAUGGGAGAGCUAGUAGUGUUAUUCAGCUUGGAUGCAAGCUGAUUGUAUACCUCUACAAUAAAUAACAAUAAUAUGCACCGUCUUGAUGUUUAAAAUUUUGUUCUUCUCUUAUAAUUGUUGUUGAGUAGUCGAAUUUCUCACAUUUGUUUUAGGGUAUGAAACAUGUAUAACAUUCAGUUUUAAAUUUUAAAAAAGACAAUAACUAGCGGUCAGUAAAACACAUAUGUUACUAAUUAAUCCCACGCAACUGCCGGUAGCCUUCUCUCUGAAGUUCGGGUCCUUCGAGCCUCCUUACAAUGUUCAUCGUUCUACUUCGUCCUGCGUAAGUAUAAUAGGACUGUCCAUCUCGUUGUGAAACAAGCCCUCUCUUCGUUAGAUCGUCGGUAGGUCGACCAACGGCUCUUCCUUAAUUCUACUUUGUAAGUUUGACCCUGCAAAAGGUCCACUUAUUUUGUCGUAUCAGCUGUAUUCUCACUUGCAUAUAUUUGGCAAAAAAAAAACAAUUAAACCUUAACUUGCUCACUAAAAUGAGUAUUACAAGCUCUCACUAAAACACAUAUGCAUUUAUUCCAAUAUUUAGCUAAAAAAUGAUGAUAAAGUCUAUCUAUAAGAAUAAUAGAAGAGGAGAUCAUAUGCAAAAUGGAACUCUCUUGAUAGAAAAGCGAAAAAGAGAUGGGGCUAAGAGAUCAAAUUAGUAAAAGAACACAUUUGAG